AUGAGUAGUAGAUUCUCUAUAAAUACGCCAAUUGCUGUACUUAUGAAAAAUCUCUUUAUUGAAGAAUGGAUAACAUCAAUUAAUUAUUCAUCGUAUUUUGAACAAUGUUUUCCUUUGUUUUGUUCGUAUACUUAUAUUCGACGAUUCAGUUUACUUUAUGCUAUAACUUUUGUACUCGGUAUCCAAGGUGGUCUUACAAUUAUUCUCAAAUGGAUUUGUCCUCAAAUAGUUCGAAUUGUAUUCAAGAUUAAUUAUUAUCAAAACAGUCGACGAAACAUUGUUCAAUCCAUGGACACAACGCGUAUAACGACGAUUGGAUCUACAAAUACAGUCAUUCCUGAUCGUAAUUUCGAAGCAGAAUCCAUAUCAAGAAAUGUCACAUCUCAAGUCCAUAUUCACAGGCCUGUUCGACGUUUUGUCAAAAUGUUCUCCAUACUUUCACUGGCGUUGUUCGUCUUAUUGGUUCUUAUUAUGUUUUCUAUUUAUGUUGCUCGAUCUCAAAGUGAUGAAAUUAUCCGAACAGUGUCCCUGACGAAUACGACAAAUUAUGCAUAUGGGACAAUGAUAACAAGUACACCAGAAAGUACAGCAACGUUAAAUUUUACAACAACGGAUAAUUGGCAAUACGGCCCACGUCUCCCGAUUGGGAUUGACUUCAAUAAUGACGGUAUCCUCGAUUUAGUUUUUAUUGGUUAUCAUAGUUUAAGAAUAAUGUUUGGAAACGGUAAUGGAACUUUUCAAGGACAAACAGUUCUUUUAACAAUAUCAGAAGGCUUAUACAUAGUUGCUUUUGCUUUGGGCGAUUUUAAUAAAGAUGGUCGACUAGACGUAGCAGUUAUCAACAGCGAUCAGACUUCUAUAAAUGUUCUCCUUAGCGAUAACAAUGGAACAUUCGGAGAUUUAAUGCAAUUAACUGGCGACAAUAUAAAGAGAUUAGAAGAUAUUACAAUAGCAGAUUUUGAUAAUGACAAUUACUUGGACAUAGCUGUCUGUGAUUUUGGAAAUAAUGCUAUUGGUGUCCUUUUCAACAAUGUAGUUGGCCACAAACAGAUUGGAGUAUUAUUUGGCUAUGGAAAUAGAACCUUUCAAUCAGUAAAAACAUUUUUCACGGGAGGUGGUUACAGACCAACGUCAUUCGUUAUGGGAGAUUUUAAUGAAGAUACUUGGUUAGACGUUGCUUAUUCUUGUAUGAGCAGAAAUGCUAUUAGUGUAUUAUUUGGAUACAGUAACGAAACUUUAGGUGGAAAUGUCGAUUUCUUCAUAGAAACGGAUAUUAUUAGUACAACACCACCCGCUAUUGGUGAUUUAAAUAAUGAUGGUCAUUUAGAUAUUGUCGUUCCCAGCGCACGACCUGAUUACAUAAAUAUAUUAAUUGGACGUGGUAAUGGAAUAUUUAUAGCACAACAUAUAUUUGUGCCUGGAACUUCUUAUAAUGAACCGACUACCAAGAUAAUUGUUCAUGAUUUUAAUGGUGAUAGUUGCCAAGAUCUCAUCGUUUCAACUUAUUUUACUAGCAAUUUGGAUAUUCUUUUGAAUAAUUGCGACUGUUCAGUAUCUGGAAUCUCCAGAAAUAAUUAA